AUGGGUAUUCGUUUUCCUAUCAUUCUGGCUAAGCAAAUUUUGAGGCGAUCUUCAACAUCUAUGGAUGUACCCAAAGGGUUCUUACCAGUAUAUGUUGGGGAGACUGAGAAGAAGAGAUUUGUGGUACCUGUAUCGGAAACUUUGUUUGUCAACAAACAGACACAAAUUGAGUUUUCAACCACCAUAUUCUCUUUGGUUUACAAACUAAGCCAAGUCUUUGCAUUCUCAACUGAAAGCUUUAUUCAAACCAUCCCCUAUCAAAGUUCUUUUCAUCCACAAAGAUAUACCAAGAAAAAGAGAUGGGUUUUCCGGCUACCUAGUGUUCUUGCUAAGCAGAUUCUACGACGGUCUUCCAUAUCUAUAGAUGUACCAAAAGGCUUCCUAGCUAUAUAUGUUGGGUCAGAGACACAGAAGAAGAGAUUUUUGGUUCCAGUAUCCUAUUUGAAGCAUCCUUCAUUUCAAGAUUUGCUAAGGAAAUCUGAAGAAGAGUUUGGUUAUGAUCAUCCAAUGGGUGGUUUGACAAUUCCUUGCACAGAAGAUACCUUCAUGGAUGUCACUUCUCGCUUAAGCAUAUUGUAGAGGCUCUUAAGCAUAACUACUUGACCAAGACACAA